AUGGAUCCGUUCUCGAUAUCGCUCGGCGUCAUCACUCUUGUGGGCUUUGUUGCAUCUACAAUCAAGGUUACCUCGAGCUAUCUGUCGAGUGCAAAGGACAGGACGAGUUCCAUCGCUACGCUGCUCGCCGAACUCGAGGCUUUGAAAUCGAACCUGCUAGGCCUGGACAAGCUGCUUCAGAGCAAAACAAGCAAGGGCUUGGUGUUUGAGCAAACUUCGGCACUUCAGUCCUGUAUAUCGUCCUGUGAGGUCAAACUCAAGGCCCUGUGCAAGAAACUGGGUCAAGAGGGCGAAAGAAGGCGGAGUCGAUUACUAUGGCCACUUAGCGAGAAGGAGUACCAGAAAGCGAUUCAAGACCUGAGGACUUUUUCGCAGUGGAUACAGUUUGCACUGUCGGUUGAUGGACUAUCACUCCUGUCUCGCACUUCCGAUGGCGUUCUGAGUGUCCUAGAAAAGCAGACGGAAAGCUUUAGGGUGUUAAAGGGACUAGAGGAAAAGACUCUACACUUACAGGAUGCAAUCGAGGAUCAAUCACGCCUACUUCAAGAUGACCGCAGUAACAGAAAGCGCAAGGAGAUCCUCAACUGGAUUUCAAACUUAGGCCACGCCCAGAAGCAUGCUAAUCUGCGCUCUCCCCGCGUUGAUGGCACGGGAGGCUGGUUUCUGGAAAAGCCAGACACAAUCGUUAUUGAUGAGAUUAUGAGCUCGGUUAUGGACUACGAAGUAGUGGCAUUCCAUUACUUUGACUACCAAGAUCGGGACUUUCAGUCGCCUACCAGCGUAUUAUCCAGUGUCCUGAGACAGAUACUCACCAUGCUGCCAACUAUACCACAAUGUGUGACGGAUGCAUAUAACAAACUAGGAAGGGCUUCCUCAUCCAUACCACUGCACGAGCUCGAAAAAAUGUUACUUAGUAUCACUCAAGACAUCCGGCGCGCCUACAUUAUUAUUGAUGCUCUUGACGAGUGCGUGGAGGCCGCUAACCGGAAACCAUUACUCUUGUUCCUGGAUCAGCUAUCAAAGCAUAAUCAGGCCGUCCGGCUGUUCGUGACUAGUCGGCCAUAUCCUCGCGAUAUACAUACUGCGUUUCAAGCGCAACGGCAGAUCCUCGUCCAGGCCCACGAAUCCGACCUCAGGCGGUACCUCUAUCGAGAGAUUGACCAUGCCGACGUCCAGGACAUCGUAAACCAUAAAUUCGCCAGUAAGAUCGUUGGCACUCUUAUUGACAAGGCGGAGGGCAUGUUUCUGCUUCCAGUUCUUCAGAUCCGGACGAUUCUGGCCCAGCCUACUGCCGGUGACAUCGAAGAUGCACUGUCUUCUCUGUCCCAAACACUUCCAGGAGCCUUUGAAGAGACCAUCGCUCGCAUCAAAAGGCUUCCGGAAAGCCAAAAGCGACUUGGCAUGAGCAUUCUCAUGUGGAUCUGUCAUGCUAGGCGGGAAAUUACUGUACCUGAAUUGAGUAAUGCCUUGUCUGUUAGAGUUGGUCAAAGGGCGAUGAAUACGAUGUACAGCCCUUCACCCAGGGUAAUGGAAACAUGCUGCCAAGGUCUGGUGGUUAUUGACUUCCGGACUAUGGCCAUCCGCCUUGCUCACUAUUCAAUACAAGAGUACUUGGUCGGGUGUAGCGAUCAACUUUUCCUCCAUGCAGAGGCAAGUCUGGCAUCAAUUUGUCUUACAUACCUGCUCUUUGAUACGUUCAGGGAAGGUCCGUUGCCUGAUGGAAGUGGAAUUAAUCUUCGAAUGGAGACAUAUCCUUUUCUUUCGUACGCCGCAACAUACUGGGGCGUUCACGCACAACGAUCUGAAAACUCUUCAUCCGUGCAGCAUUUGAUAUCGGAAUUCUUUUCAUCCAGGGAUGCGGUAGCAUGCGCAAAUCAGGUCAUGCAAUAUGCCAGAUUUUACCGCAAGCUGUACUGGGAACCUGCCGAGUGUUAUAGCACUACUCCCUUGCACGUCGUCAGCCACUUUGGCCUCGAAAAGACGCUCCAUAAACUGCUCGAUCAAGGAGAUGUUGUUAUCGACGAACCUACAAAGGCGGGUACGACGGCACUUAUUAAAGCAGCGUCCACGGGCCAUGUGUUAAUAGUCAGGGAGCUCUUGCUAAGGGGUGCUGAUCCCUAUGUGAUGAACUGGUUUGGAAAUGCCCUUCAUUGUGCUGCUGAGGCUGGCCAGGCGCGUGUUAUAGACGAGCUUAUAUACCACGGCAUGGAUCCAGACGGCGAUGGACUCGACGGCCACACGCCUAUUGCCUGCACACUCCAUAAUGACCGCGCUGCUGCGUUUGAAACGCUCGUCAGCCACGGUGCUAAAAUCCUUCCCGACGAAGAUGAUGAAGGUGGCUUGUCUAUUUUCCAUAGGGCGAUCUUGGAUGACUGCGUCGAUAUCGUCUAUUCGAUUUUAGACCGGAAAUGGGUAGACCCUAACAGCAGGUCCAGCAAUGGCCAAACCGCGAUGCACUACGCUGUAGAUAUGCAUAAUACCACUAUUCUGCGGAAACUUAUUAAAGCUGGAGCGGAUAUCAACGCUCGAGAUAAUACAGGGAAACGACCGUUAGACUACGCAAGGCAGAAUGGGGACGAAGAUAUCAUACGCUUGCUAUUGGAGCGCGGGGCUAAAGGUUCAGCAAGGCAUUUGACGGAUACUGUGAGUGAAGGAGGCUCUAAAGGGCAGAUGAAUUUAGUAGAUAUGAGCCGAUUGGCCCUCAUAUCUUAG